CUUUCACAUUCGCCCGUGAAAAAGUGACUGGACGCGAAAACAAACAGAUCUGCAAAUCCAAGAUGGCGAAUCGUUCGUUGUCGAAACGACAAAAUAAAUGGGCGAUAGACUUGAUUAGUCGACCACGCUAUGCGACCGAUAGACAGUUUGUUCAACACAACGAUCUUCCAUCUCCACCUGGCUACGCGGAUCGUAAUCUUCAACCACAUGAAUCUCAAGAAGCAAACAGCACUCACCUUGUGGCAAAGAAAUCAUGGGAUAUAGCACUCGGACCUUUCAAGCAGAUUCCUAUGAAUCUGUUUAUCAUGUACAUGGCGGGUAACUCUAUCUCUAUCUUCCCCAUCAUGAUGGUUGGUAUGAUGUUCCUAAGGCCAGUCAAGGCUCUUCUGGCUGUUAAAUCAACUUUUGUAUCUCUGGAAGGGGAGCAUGACCAUGUCAUUCUUCAAAAGUUUUUCUAUCUCCUUGGAAAUCUCUCCUUGGUUGCACUGGCCCUGUAUAAAUGCCAUUCCAUGGGACUAUUACCGACUGCUACCUCAGACUGGCUGGCUUUCAUGGAACACAAAACAAGAGUCGAGUAUAGUGGAGGUGGAUUCAUUCUUUAGCAUCAAACAAACUGUAAUCUAAUGCUGCACUUUUCUUUCUGACAUUGUACCAAACUAUCCGCAAGUAGCCUUCAUAGUUGGCUGAGAUGAUCCAUAAUGUAGGGCAUAUUGUACAAAGAUCUGCAAGUCCUCCAAGUGUGAUGUACUAGAAAUUAGAUUCGUUCUUCCAAGAUGGCACCGGACUACUGGAGACUGGUUAUUGUAAACCUCUUGACCUUUUAAGCCAUUGGCAUGCAUGGUUGACAGCCUAAAACGGAAUACUGGUACAUAGUUUCCUAUAAUAAUCAUAAAAACUCUGGUAUUUAUUUAGGCCUUUAGUGGGCAAGAGAAUUGCCACUGAAUUUAUUGAGUUCUCUAUAAUAAAAUUUUAGUGUAGAAUGCAGAAGUCUGGAGAGGAAUUUUUCUUGAAAACAUACCAUUUAUGAAAAAGAAAAGCAGCUGCCCAGAUUGUAAUAAUUGUUGGAGUAAUUUGUGAUAGCUGUACACGCCUGUUAUCUGAAGAUUAACAUUAGCAAUUUAAGAUGUUACGUCGAGUUUCUUUUUGGAAUAAACUAAAGUAUCAGUUGA